AUGGCCGUGGGCCCUGCCCUGUGGCUGGGCCUUCUGCUCCUGGUUUCCCUCUGGGGGUCCUCAGCUCCAGCUUCUCUUCUCCGGCGCCUCGGUGCACACGUUCGGCGAGUUCAGGAGAGCUCUGUCCUGAGCCUAAGCCUGGACCCGGGGACCACGACCGUCCCUAAAGAGGGGUGGCUGGAGCAGCCACUGGACCCCUUCAACGCAUCGGACAGGCGAUCCUUCUUACAGCGGUACUGGGUUAACGACCAGCACUGGGCCAGCCAGAAUGGACCCAUAUUCCUGCAUCUUGGGGGCGAGGGCAGCCUUGGGCCGGGCUCAGUGAUAAGAGGGCACCCUGCAGCCCUGGCCCCAGCCUUGGGGGCCCUGGUGAUAGGCCUGGAACACAGAUUUUAUGGUCUGAGUAUACCUGCUGGGGGCCUGAGCAUGACCCAACUCCGAUUCUUGUCCAGCCGCCAUGCGCUGGCCGACGUGGUCUCCGCCCGCCUCGCGCUCUCCCGCCUCCUCAACGUCUCCGCCUCCAGCCCCUGGGUCUGCUUCGGAGGCUCCUACGCCGGCUCCCUGGCCGCCUGGGCGCGGCUGAAGUUCCCGCAUCUCCUCUUCGCCGCGGUCGCCUCCUCGGCCCCGGUGCGGGCCGUGCUGGAUUUCUCCGCGUACAACGAGGUGGUGUCCCGGAGCCUCAGGAGCACUGCGAUCGGCGGGUCCCCGGAAUGCCUCGCGGCGGUGUCCACCGCCUUCUCGGAGGUGGGGCGCCGACUGCGUGUGGGAGGGGCGACACGGAAGGCGCUGAGGGCGGAGCUGGGAGCCUGCGCUUCCCUGGGCCGCUCGGAGGACCGGGAGGAACUGCUGGAGGCUCUACAGGCUUUGGUGGGAGGUGCAGUGCAGUAUGACGGGCAGACGGGGGCGCCGCUGAGCGUGCGACAGCUCUGUGGAUUCCUCCUCGAGGGCAAGGGCAAUGGCAGCCACCAGGCGCCGUACCGCGGGCUGCGUCGGGCCGUGCAGGUUGUCCUACACAGCCUGGGCCAGAGGUGUUUAAGCUUUUCUCGAGCAGAGACAUUGGCCCAGCUGAGGGUCACGGAACCCCAAGUGUCCGGCGUGGGUGACCGGCAGUGGUUGUACCAGACAUGUACUGAGUUUGGCUUCUAUGUCACCUGUCAGGGCCCUAGAUGUCCUUUCUCCCAGCUCCCAGCACUGCCCUCCCAGCUAGAGCUGUGUGAGAAGGUGUUCGGGCUUUCAACCUCAUCCAUAGUCCAGGCUGUGACCCAGACCAACUCCUACUACGGUGGCCAGAUGCCAGGGGCCACCCAGGUGCUGUUCGUUAAUGGGGAUGCAGACCCCUGGCAUGUGCUCAGUGUAACACAGGCCUUGGGACACUCAGUGUCAGCCCUCCUUAUCCCUAGUGCCUCUCACUGCUUGGACAUGGCACCUGAGAGGCCCUCAGACACCCCUAGCCUCCGCCAAGGGCGCCAGAGCAUCCUUCAGCAGCUGCAGACCUGGCUCAGGCUGGCCAAACGGAGCCCUCUUAGGGUUGGGCUCUGAGCCCCACACCCUCACCACUCCUUGCAUGGCCCUCUCGGGCUAGGACAUAUUUGUUCACUGGACAGAAGAAGGCAGCUGGUUUAGAAAGAGGAAAUUCCCAGGAAUUGGGUUUCAGCCCCUGUUCUGCAUAUAACUGACUUGUGUCUGCAACCAUCCUCACUCCCAGCUAAACCUGCUCUAUUUCAGACAGCAUUCUGUAAAUACAAGUGGAUGGUUAUUCUCAUUGUGAAUGUUGGUAUUUUAAAGUCCAAUGUCAGGGAAGUGUCACUCUAUGUGCUGGUGCCCUCCCUCUAGUAACUGGCUCAAAUUCUGCUCAGCCCCCUGGCUGGCUGCCUUGUGCAGUCUCUCCCUGGACCCCAGGCUCUGCCCUGUCUGCUCUCACCCUUCUCCCACUGUGCCCCUCUUCCUUAGUCUUUAUUUGUCUCAGUCUCCUCCUGUUGUCCAAACACCUCCAUUUCUCUCUGUGUCUUAGUCUGUUUCACUGUUUAUUUCUCUCUGCGCCUCUCUCAAAGUUUCUCUGCUGCCCUCCUCUCUCUCCUGCUCUGCCCUUGGUUGUCUCCAUUGCUCAGUUUCUAGUUCUCAUUUUGGUCUCUGUGUCACCUCCUUUCUCUACCUCUGCCUCUCCUUCCCUCCCUCAGACGUUCCCUGUGCUCCUUCACUGCCUUUUAAAUCUUCCUGUCUUCUGAGGCUCCCUCUGUUCCUGUCUUAUACUCAUCCUCACUGCCUCUAUUGCUCUUCCCAUCACGUAACAUGUGUCCUUCUCUGUCUGUCUCUCUUUUAGUCUGUCUUCUAAAUGUGUCACUCACCAACUUUUCCCAAAAUCAAAUGUCACUCUCUGACUCUUCCAGCUUCUCACCCUGGGGAUUUAGGGCUCUGGUGAAACCUUCCAGAUGGGGAUACCCCAGGGUUCUGCGAGGAUGGGCCUAUCCCAAGGGUCCUCUUCGCCUGGCUCAGUUGGGCCACCAGGGCCAGCAGCCAACAGGUCACAAGGCAGAGAGCUGGGAAGCAGGGCCCACGGAUCGGCAAGUCAGGAUCACGGAGCUGGUGAGAGAAGCCCUGAUACCCGUUCUCCUGUGAGGAAGUCAUUCUCUGCUUUUCAUGACUCCAAACCCUGAGGAGCAACUAUUUUUUAUUUUAAAGCUGAGUCUCAGUGCCUCCAUUCACCACGUCCACUGUAGUCGGACACACUGUGGGUCCUUGGUGCCUGCUGAGAAAUGAAAGGAUGAGGUCUAACCUCAACUCUGGACUUAUCCUUGAUCUCCCUCUUGCUUGCUGGGUGCAUUUUCUCUAGACGUCCUUUGCAAACUUCUUUUCCACUUAAUAUCUGAUGGGUGUGUGUUUGGUGUGGGCUGCCUUCUCUUGUCAAGCAUUCUCAGAACUUCAGCGCUUGGAACUUACCCUCAGAACUUACCCUCCCAUCCAUCUCGCACCAAACCCCAAAACUGAGAUAAAAUGGAUCAUAGAUCUAAAUCAAGAAAAAAAAAUAGAAAACUUCUUUAUGACCUAGCAGUAGACAAAUAUUUCUUAGGGAAAAAUAGCAUAAAAUACAUUAAAAGUGACAAAUUGAACAUUAUCAAAAAGCCUGCUCAUUACAAGACAUCACUAGGAAAUGGAAAGACAAGCAAAAGACUGAGGGGAAACAUGUGUAAUACAUACAUCUGAUGGCAGGCUUGGUCCAGAUUAUUUAAAGAACUGCCAGAAAACAAUAAAAAGACACCCACAGACACAGACAACCAUGUGAUGAUGACCAGAAGGAAGCUGGGGUGAAGGCUGGGUGGAGGUGAGCAGAUGGGCCCAGGGAAGGGACAAGAACAUCUGUCCCUUCCCGAUAAAGUCAGCAAUGAAUAGUUUUUUUUAGAAGGUAAGUGAGUAAUGAAUGGGCAAAGCACUUGCAUAAGUACUUCAACGUAAAAAGCACAUGUAUGGCCAAUAAUCAUAUGAAAAAAAUGCCCAACAUAUUUAGCCGAUAGAGAAAGGUGAAUUAAAACCACAAUGAGGCUUCCAGUCAAGAUGGUGACAUAGGCAGACAUGGCUCACCUCCUCAUACAACCACAUCAAAAUUACAACUAAAAUAUAGAUCAGCUAUUACUCCAGAACACCAAAAACCAAGUGGAAUGGAAGUCUGACAACUACAGAAUUGAAGAAACAACAACAUCCAUCCAGACUGGUAGGAGGGGUGCAGACACAGAAUGGGCUGGCCCCACACCUGCCUGGAUAAAAACUGAGGAGGGAUAUCUCAGGAGUGAGGAGUCACAGACCCACACCAGACCUGUCAGCCCAGGAUUGUAAUGCCAGGAAGAAAAGUCCCCACAAAUUCUGGCUGCAAAACACAGAAGGAUUGGGUUGGUGGAAGAGGCUGCUGCAGCCCUUAACAGUUCCUCUUGGGGAACCCACACACGGACUCACCUACUCAGACUUGCUCCCCUUGAGCUCCAGCACUAGGGUGGCAGCUUGAGGUGAACCAGUGAUAUACAGGGGGAGACUGAAGUGUUUGGCAUUGGGAUGGGCACAGGACAUUCUCCCUUGGCUGAGCCCUCUCCCCACAGAACCGGUAGGCUGGUACCAUAUCUGAGACUCCAUCAACCUGGCUAACACUGUGUGACC